AUUCAACACAAAAUGGGGUGUGUGUUAAUAUACCAAAAUGUCAGUUGACGGAUGGUAAAAAUACAAGUAAUGCGACAUGCCAAUUGUGCGUUUUUAACACCAAUUUAAUUUUAAAAAACAAUAGUUGUGAAAAAGCUGACGAGCAUGCCACUGUUUUAAGUACCGUUGGUAUAAUUUCUUGUGAAAGGGGAUUUGUUACCAAUUAUUUGAGUUGUGAGAAAUGUAAUGAUUUGUAUAAUUUAUCUGAUGUUUGUGAAAGAGGAAAAACAACUAAAUGUAAUUCAAAUGGUGUGAUUGAUGAACAUGGGUGUGAACUUCGCACGUGUUUUAACGCAACAGACCAAAAUGGAAAAUGUUUUGAUGAAUUACCGAAUUGUAUAUAUAUGGUUAACUCAAAAUGUGUUUUGUGUGCGUCUGAAUACAUGAUAUCCCAAGAUGUCUGUAUUAAAAAGAAAAUGGAUAAUUGCCAAUUGCAGUCGACGGGUAAUUGUAUACGGUGUGAUGAACACUAUUAUUACGAUUUUGAAACAAGAAAUUGUCAAAAAUGUUCCUUGACUUGCAACACAUGUAUCACCACCUCAACCAAAUGCCUUUCAUGCCUUUCAGGAGCUUUUUUAACGGAUAACGUUUGUAAUACAAACGAUGACUUGAUUGGCGUUUGCGAACAAUAUGUCCCAAGUGGAGGUUGUGUGAAAUGUGUUGAUGGGUAUUAUCGAUAUGGUCUUUCAUGCGAAAGGUGUCUCGACAAGUGCUACACUUGCAAUAAAAAAUCAUCGUGUUUGACAUGCAAUACAAAAUAUUUUAAAACCACAAAGGGAGACUGUUUGCUUCAAUCGUCGAUAAUAGGCUGCGCAGUAAAUGUGACUCAAAGUGGAUGUUCAAAAUGUAUAGAUGGGUAUUACAUUUAUAAUUCAAAUCAAUGUGCACAAUGUGAAGUGAAUUGUUCGACAUGCUCAUUCAAUGAUAUUUGCACUUCUUGUCACAACGAAGAGGUGUUGAUUAAUAAUAAAUGUUAUUCAAAAUCAUCAAUUGAAGGGUGUGUUGCAGUGAAAAAUUCGAUGUGCUCGAAAUGUAAUUUUUGGCAUAUUCCAAGUUCUGAUGGCACAUACUGUAUAACUAAAAGUGUGUGGUGGGUCAUUCUUCUCAUUAUCUUAUUCAUUAUCUUUCUUCUUAUUUUGGUGGUUGUUGGAUUGUAUUUACUUGUUAAGAAAUUGUAUGCUAAAAGCAACAGAAAGAAGAGAAAAACCACAACUGUUUUGAAAUGA